CUAAGCGACGUGUUUAUGUUGUCAACUCGGUUUGACAGUCGACUGCUGAGAGGCCGAAAAACCCAAGUCAGAAAACGUCUGAAUUAUGAGUUAUCCGUCGACAGAAUAAGAAAGGACAAGGCAACAUUGUUCGGUUAUUUACGAAAAAAAGAUAUUUGUGACGAAAGAGAUACAAAGAUGUGAGCUUUCAAGGAAACUUCGUCCCAUUGCCCAAGUGCGUCGGUAAGGAGGCAAUACUUGGAAGGCCUUUGAUGCGGCGAGGGUAACGAUAUCGAAGUCCUGAAAGGAACAAGCGAGAGAGAGAAAUCUAAGUAGACGCUAAAGAAGAGCAAAGGAAAGUAAGAGAGAGAGAGAGAGAGAGAGAGAGAGAGAGAGAGAGAGAGAGAGAGAGAGAGAGAGAGAGAGAGAGAGAGAGAGAGAGAGAGAGAGAGAGAAGAGAGAGAGACGGAGAAGGAAAACCAGAAAAAACGCCUAAGAAACGCAGGAAGACGGGCCAGAGGCUGGACCACCUGAUGCAGGGGGCGAACCACCACCCACAGCAGGAGCAACAGGAGGGGCUAGCUGGCGGAGGGAGCGGGGGUGGAGGCGGAGGAGGAGGGGGAGGCGGCGGAGGCGGAGGCGGCGGCGGUGGCGGAGGCCCUGACGGAGGCAACCGGACGAGGAUGUACUCCAGCGGGCCCUGCUGGUCGUGCUACCUGAGCGGGGAGGUGCACCCGAGGGACGCGGCGGCGGCGAGGGACUUCGUGGGAUGCAGAGCCGAGGUGUCCCUGCCGGCGACCUCCGCCAACUCAGGGAUGGUAGAGGGCGUGGCGGACAGUGGCUGGCAUGCGACCUUGACCCGCGGCCUCCACCAAGCAUGGGAGGCGGGGCUCUUCACCGACCUGGUCAUCACGGCGCAAGAUCAGGUCAUCCACGCGCACAAGGUCAUCCUCGCCGCUGCUUCGCCCUAUUUCAGAGCCAUGCUGACAGGAUGUCUUGUGGAAGGCAGAACUCACACCUUAGAGCUGAAAGACGUCCCUGGUUCUCUGCUUAACAUUGUCCUGACCUACGUGUACACAGGGAGAGCCACCCUCACUGAACACAAUGUACAGGAUGUUCUCACCUUAGCUGACUACUUUCAGAUACAUGCUCUGAAGAAACUCUGUUGCUAUCACCUCAAGAACCACCUCGUAACCAGGACCUGCCUCAAUGUACACGAAGUAGCAACCUUACACCGUUGCCAUGACUUAGCAGCGGAUGCUCUUUCCCUCGCCAGUUCCCAGUGCUCAGAGGUUCUUCUACAGCCCUCAUUCCUCACAUUACAGCCUGACACAAUACUCACUCUAUUGAAGCAGCCUUACCUUAGUGUGGAAUCUGAAGAGGAACUGUUGAAGGGUGUCAUACUCUGGGCUUCCAAGGAUCCAGAUGAGAGGCGAAAGUGGCUUCCAGUUCUGUGCCAAAAGAUAGAUCUCAGUCUGCUUGAUUCACAGACAAGAAUGAAGUACAUUGCCACCUUAGAGGAUAGACAGCUUUUAACAGAUGAUUUGAAGUACAUCAUAGCCCCAAUAGAUGUAAAUUCGGAUACUGCGGAAGAAGGUUCAGAUGACCAAGAAGAAACAGUGAAGAAGACUAGAUAUAAUUCCCAAGAAGAGGUAUUGCUGGUAAUGGGAGGAGAAUCCAAUGGUCGGUUAUUACGCAACACAGAGUGCUUUGCUGUGGGUUAUUCCUCUUGGCGGUGUAGUAUACCAGAGGUAGCAGGCCGCCACAACCAACACUAUCACCGACUACAAGUUCUUCCUGUUAUGAGUCAUGCACGGGCUUAUUGUGCUGUGGCUACUCACGAUAACAUUGUAUAUGUACUAGGUGGUCAGACGAACAGCCAGUUCCUGGCAUCAUGUGAAAGUUACAGUGUGGUGACCAACAGCUGGCGCCCACUUUGUGACUUGCCUCUCCCCAUCCAUGGUGCGGCGGCUGCCUUCCUUGAUGGUGCUCUCUACGUUGCCGGUGGCAAGUCCAUGCGGCAGUAUGAAGAAAAACUCUGGGUGUAUGAUGUGCAACGUGACACAUGGGUGGCUCGAGGAUCUCUAAGUUCUGGAAGGGGACACAUCGGUAUGGCUGCUCUGCAUGGAUCCCUCUAUGCUGUGGGUGGUAUGAGUUGUGUGGGAGGAAUCAGUCAGGUGCUGGCUUCCUGUGAGAAAUUUGACCCAGGUUCAGAUAUGUGGGUACCCAUAGCUUCCCUCUCUCAAGCCCGAGCCUACCAUGGAGUGGCAGUUAUAAAUGACCACCUUUAUGCUAUAGGAGGAUAUGAUGGAGCUCGAUGGCUUAGUUCUGUUGAGCGCUAUGACCCCCUCCGUGAUCAGUGGACGACAGUGUCGUCUAUGAUCAGCCCUCGCAGCAGCUUCGGUGUGACUGUGAGUCGUGGAAGAAUAUAUUGUCUUGGUGGCUUUAGUGGGGAGUCUAAUCUCAAUACUGUGGAGAAGUACAAUCCCCGCACUGACAUGUGGCACUGUGUUCAGUCCAUGCAACUGCGUCGAUAUGGAUUAGUCGCAGCCACAGUGAAUGUUCCUGGAGCAACACAGCUUUAAUUAGGAAAGUGAAGAUCCCACAGUACAGGUAAGCUGUUUUAAUGAUAAUUUGACUCCAUUAAAACUGCUUAUGUGUAAUGUGAGCUUUAAUUAUAUUAUAAGGCAAAAUGGAAGAAGGAUGUAAGAGGUGUUGUACCUUUGUAUAUGUUACAGUCAAGGUGAUUAGAUGAUAAUAUUAGCCAUAUAAGAGUAAUGAAUGUAUGUAAAACAGUUGUAUGAAAUCAAAUAGCAUGAUGAAAUUCAGUAUUAUGUUUUAAAUGGCUGACAGCAAAAGAUUAUAAUGUUCAACCAAAUUUUAAAGAAAACUGUAAGCACAUUUUGGUUGUGUACAUUCCAUAUAUGUUAGUAAUAGGUUAUCCAACCUGUGAUAUGUAGUAUCAUGAAGCAAAAAAUGUUCAUUAGAAUAUAUCCUUAUUGUUAUUAUAUGUGACUCCUGCUUCACAAAGUACAUAGAAGUACUUACAGCUUAAUCAUACUUACACAAGGAAGUAAUAAAAACUCAUGUAACAUGAAUUUUGGUAUAUGAUUAGUUUGAUGGUUCAUCUUCUUUGGGGAUGAAUAUUUACUGAAUCAUCAUAAAAGUUUUAGAGAAUGAUUAAUUAUUCCCUGGACUCAGGGUGUCAUAAUACAUACUAAGGGAAGAGGUAGCCUGAUUUAUUUUUGCCUUUUAUGUGAGAUACACCAGGUUUCCAGAUCAAACAAUUUUUUUCAUGAAACAUAUGGAACUUCUUCCUAAUUAACAUAAAUACUUGUCAGUGUGAAGAAAGGCCAUAGAAUCCUAUUAUUACUUGCUAGUGUUGCUUAUUGUCACUUUUCAAAAAUGUUAAAUUACACUUAAGCUUAUGUUACAUAUUUAUAAUUGUUUAAUUUACUCAAGGAAGUAUCUGCAGUCACACAGAUAACAAGAAAGAAUUUGUUAUAUCAAACAGUUUCAUAUGAAAGACUCAGUGAUUAAUAAGCGGAUAUAUUAAAGAAUACAUAUUUCAUGUAGGGUUAAACUGUACAACAGUUCUUAUGCUGAUAAUACCAUCAGCUCACAGGACAGACCAUGCAUGUAGUAUGUAAUGAUUCUGCAUCAUCUAAAGUGGAGGUGCAUUAUUCCAUCAUCACAUCAAUGCACUUGCUAAGUCAUGUGAAUAAAUAUGCCACAAGCUGGUGAGUCUACAGUACAAGCCCCUCAUGUCCACAACUACUCAGA